AUGGCGAGCGAUUACAUUUGUAAGAAGCCGUUGUGCCUCAUUGCUCCAUAUGCAUGUCGUCAUGGUCCAAAACAAGCGCUCGUUCCUUCCGACUCCCAAUCACGCCUGACGAGGAAAAUCUUACCUUCCGCUCGAUGUCUCGUAUCGCUACUCUUCAAGUCAUCACUGCGAUCCUUCAAUAUGUCCUCCAUUCCCAUCGAAGCCACGCGCACGCGAAAAGAGGCAGCCAAGAUCACUGAGCGAAACUCAAACGAGUCGCCCUUUCUACGACUUCCAGGCGAGCUCCGCAAUCGCAUCUACGACCUCGCCUUCGGAAACCACAUCGUUGAAAUCGACAACACAGCCUUCGAAGACAAAAAGCCUGUGUUCCACCACAUCUGUCUGACAAAAGAUCAUACCGAGACACCAUACACGUUCUUCGACAUCCUCAACAUGACCACAACUUGUCGCCAAAUCUACUAUGAGACGUUCAAGCUGCCGCUCACGGAGAACAAGUUCAAGAUGAGCAGCAAGACGCCAUUGGACCUUGCGAAGCAUAUUUCUCCCUGGCAGGUUGCGUGCAUCCAGACGAUUCAGAUCCGAUUCUGGAAUUCCAGCGACUUUGAGCGGGAUUGGCAUUGGGAUGGGUAUGAUUGGGGUAUGUACAAGGGUAUCAGUCACGUGGUCGUUCCGGUUUUGAAGGCCGGGGUCGUCCGUCAAGAUGGCCGCGUGGAUUUCAAUGACAGAAAGGUACGUGAGAUUCUUCGUGGUUUCCGUGUGCGGUCUGCGAAGUCCAAUGGGUGGCUCUCGGAUUCAGAUUACGCUUCUAUGUCCUUGAAGCGUUGCAUCCUUCACAGAAGAGCUGGGACACAAAUGGUAUAUGAAGAUUUUGUGGCCCAUGGCUCGGAUGUGAAUCCUACCAUGAUCCUGAUCAACUACUUUCUAUGGCCAUCAAUUGAUCUACACGUCAAUAAGUUAUGUAUCUCACAGUGCCAAAUGUUUUGCAUACCAAUGACACAUCUUCAACCGGGGAAAACGGCAAACAGUGUCUAUUGCAACAUCCACGGUACUAGGAUACCCUUCACCUCCAGGCUCAGACCGUCUCCCCUCGACAUCUGUCUUAGCCACCGUCAACUCGAUCCUCGUAACACAGCUCCAUUGUGCAUGAUACAACCGCCCCGGAAAAGCCGCGACCAUCGCUUCCGGAAACCCCUUGAAAGUAUUCAGCAAAAAGGGCAGCAGUCUCGCCUCGAAAUAAAUCCAGCGGCAAGUUUGAAGCAAAGCGAGGUCCACUCGCGAGUAGUGCACAUGGGAGUACCGGCGCUUGACCGUCCGCGAGGCGGGACAGUGGUCGACGGGCCGGCUUGCGUGCGAAGUCGCGAAGCAGACGAGGAUGGGGAGGGUGUGGAAGAUGAGUGUGUAGAUUUUGUUUCGGAGCUCGGCGGGGAGAUGGAGGAGGGGUGGUUCGCACUGGGAAACGGCGGUGUGUAUAGGAGUCGUGAUAUCGCCCUAACGUAUCGCGACUCCCGAGACUUGAAUCAAUAG